AUGGAGAUGAACAUCUCUGCCAUGUGCCAAGUGGAGAAGCUCAAACAAGAGGUUGAGUCUGUCACCGAGGACGUCUUCUACGUGGCCUGGUAUCACAACAAGGGCAUGAACUUGGACUUCAUCGGGGAACCCGAGAAUGGGCUUCAAGUCCUUGAUUUGUCAAAUAACAAUUUGAGUGGGAACAUUCCUCCAUGCUUAGGAAAUUCAAGUCUCUCUGUGCUAGAUUUGCACAAGAAUAAGCUUCAUGGCAUCAUUCCUUCACAUUUUUCAAAGGGAAAGUUCCUACUAGUUUUGAAUCUCAACGAAAAUCAGUUGGAAGGGUCCUUACCAAAGUCUUUGCUCAAUUAUAAAUGGUUGGAAUUUUUGGAUAUUGGAAACAACAAGAUAAAUGGAUCAUUUCCCUGGUGGUUGGAAUCUCUUCCGAAUCUCCAAGUUCUUAUCAUGAGAUCUAAUAGAUUUCAAGGUCCAAUAGGCAAUCCCAAGGUGAGACAUCCCUUUCAAAAUUUGAGAAUUAUGGAUCUCUCUGGCAAUGAAUUCACUGAUCAUUUGCCGCAAAAGUAUUUUAAGAAUUUUGUGGGAAUGAUGAAUGCUACUUCAGAUUACUUGAGAUACAUGCAAAAAUCUCCAGGACCAAUUCGAUAUUAUGAAAUCAGUUCAUUGACAAUAAAAGGAUAUUAUGCUGAGUUGGAGAAAAUCCAAACCAUGCUUAUAGUUAUUGACUUCUCGAGAAACAACUUCACAGGAGAGAUCCCAGAAUUGCUUGGUAAGUUCAACUCACUCAAAGGGCUCAAUUUUUCACAUAACAAGAUCUCUGGUAGUAUUCCACCAUCCUUCGGAAAUUUGACCAAUCUGGAAUGGUUAGAUCUCUCCUCAAACGGGGAAGAUUCCAUGGCAAUUGGCAGCAAAUCUAAAUCAACUCCAAAAUCAUGCAACGAGAACACCACACCCCAAUUUCAGCAAGAAGACGAUGAGGAGCAUGUGAAUGAAUUUGAUUGGAAAAUUGUGUUAAUGGGAUUUGGGAGUGGAAUGGUUAUUGGAAUUUCAGUGGGAUACAUGUUCCUUUCAGAUAAAAUCAUUGAUGGGCUUGUCAAAACAGUGAAAGGAGAACAAUGGCAUCUUUUGGCAAAAAGAUCAAAACAGAGCAGGGCUCGUCAAAAUGUUGGAAAUUGA